AUGGAAGAAACUCUCCGGUCAAGAGCGAGGAUCGGAACGCACGAUGGGACCGUCUCCUGCGGCGCGGCGCUGGCGUGCUUUAUGCUGAAGCAGCUUCCUCAAUACCGUGAUGCGGAGAUCGUGAGAUCAAGAGAUGAAACCGUGCUUUCCACAUGCGACGUUCUUGUUGACGUAGGCGGGACGUACGACCAUGCCACUCGGCGAUACGAUCAUCAUCAAGAGUUCCUCACGGCGAGGUUGAGCACGCCGCGGUCAGGGAAGAAGUGGAAGACACAUUUGAGCAGCGCAGGGCUGCUGUUCAAGCACUACGGGGAAGAGAUCAUCAGCUGCGUUCUCAAUUGCCCUGUGGAGGAUCCCAAGGUAGAAGCCGUCUUCGACAAGGUCUAUGAAAACUUCGUCGAGGAGAUUGAUGCCUUCGACAAUGGGAUCGAAGUCUGUCACCAGCGUCAUCUCAAGUACCGAAUCAGAACAAGUCUCCCCUUCCGGGUCAGAGGCCUCAAUCCAGUAUGGAAUGACAAAAGCAAAAAUUCGGACGAAAUAUUCUCCGAGGCAAUGCAGAUGACAGGGCGAGAAUUCCUUGACCGCAUAAGAUUCUAUGGGGAAGUCUGGUGGCCUGCCCUGGAGCUUCUUAUUAAUGCAGUGGGAGAAAGAUUCCAGGUGGAUGAGAGCGGAAUGAUCCUGGAAUUACCGGAUGGAGGCUUCCCAUGGAAGAAACACCUCUUCCACCUCGAAGAUGAAGGAGCCAUACCCAAAUAUCAGGUUUUCUUCGUCAUCUACAAGCGCUCAAGGCCCGAAUUAGACUGUCAAGAAACACCCUCGGAAGAGGAAACUUUCGAGACGUGGAUGGUCCAAGGAGUUCCCUUCGCCUCGGAUCCAUCCAUUUCCAGGCAAGCAGGGCCGGUCAUCUUUCCGGAGGAGUGGAGGGGGCUCAAGGGACAAGAGCUGGAAGAGAAAUCGGGUCUGUCUGGGGUCAAAUCCGUGCGGCGGAAUGGGUACAUAGGAGAGCAUGAGACGCGUGAAGGGGCUAUCAGCAUGGCCAAGAGGGCUCUGAAAGAGUCUGAAUCCAAAGUACAGUUUCUACAGGCUUUGGGGACGAGGUUUAGUGUGGAUGAGAGCGGCCACAUCCUGUUUCUAUCAUCUGGAUGGUCCAAAUGGAUUAUACAUCUCUUCCAUUACGAAGCACAAGGAAUCAUACCCAAGAAUGAAAUACUCUUCGUCAUCUUCAAGGAUAAUAGAAUUCACUAUUCGUGGAAGGUUCAAACGGUUCCCAUCAGUUCAGAUUUACCUACUUCACGGCAAGUGCAGGUGCCUUUGCUUCAAAAGCAAGAGUUUGAAGAAAAAACAGACCUGCGUGGGAUCAAGUUUGUGCACAUGAGUGGACACCUAGGAGACCACGAAACACGCGACGGCGCAAUCAGCAUGGCGAAAACGUCUUUGGCCGCUUUCCAACCGCGACUGCUGCUCCUUAAGGCUCUGGACGCAAGGUUCAAGGUGGACGAGAGUGGAAACAUUCUCGUGCUAUCAGCCGGAUGCUCCGGAUGGGAGAAGCAUCUCUUUCACUUGGAAGCGCAAGGAAUCAUUCCAAAAAACGAGGUGUUUUUGGUCAUCUUCAAGGAGGAGGACGAUUCCGCCGUUUGGAAGGUUCAGGCUGUUCGUCUAAGCUCGGAUUCAGUCAUUUUGAGGCAAGCGCGGUUCAAAUGUCUCUCAAGGAGCAAACCGAAAGAAUCCGAAUUAUCCACCACUUCUCUUGCAUUCAGGGUGCCUUUGCUCCACGAGUCUGAACAGGUUGAAAAUCCGGAAGGACCGACGGGGACGAUAUUCGUGCACGAACACGAAACACGCGAAGGAGCCAUCAACACGGCCAAGAAGUCCCUGGCUGCUUUUCUACCGCGACUGCAGCUUCUCAAGGCCCUGGACGCUCGAUUUCUCGUAAGUUCUUCCCCGCCAUUCUGCGAGAGAACUUGCCGUUCGUCACCGUCGAUCUCACAGAUGGAUGAAAGUGGGAGGAUCCUGACGCUACCAGCCGGAAAGUUCGAAGUGAAGGAGUACUUCCCCUUCAAGGAUUCCUUCUACGAGUUAGAAAGACAGGGAAUCAUGCCAGAAAACAUGAGUUUCCUCAUAUUCCCCGACUCGACAGGCAUGUGGAAGGUCCGGGCGCUCCCCAUCGGCCCAAGAAACUCCACCCCGAGGCAAGCGCUGUUCAUCGCCUCCCGAAGGACAAUUUAG